AUGUCUCCUUUUGAUGUUAUUAAUGAUAAAUUUGGCAUUGUUGAGGGUCUAAUUACCACUGUUCACUCCAUCACUGCUACUCAGAAAACUGUUGAUGGGCCAUCUAGCAAGGACCGGAGAGGUGGAAGAGCUGCUUCAUUCAACAUCAUUCCUAGCAGGAUAGAAAAACUAGAGUGGAGUAGCUCAAGCAGUCAGGCUAAACUUCUGGGUACCAUAGUAUCAAUCACAGGAGCAUCUGUUGUGACAUUAUACAAGGGCCCACCAAUCAUCAUUACACCCUCUUCUAGUCAACUUCUUCUGUCACCACAAUCAAGCUGGAUCCUUGGAGUAUUCACUCUGAUUAUUGUCAGAGACCCAGAUGCUUGGAGUUUAAGGCUUGACAUGGGUUUGGUUGCUAUAUUAUACACAGGUGAUGGAAGUUCAGAGAAAGAAGUGGAAGAGAAGGAAGUGGAAGUAGCAUCUUAUGGAAUAAUGUUUUUGGUGAAUUUUGUAAGCAGGGCAAGGUGA